UGUGAGAGGUGACCAAUAGGAAGCGGACAGGAAGUGUGUGUCUGUCUGAUCGCUGUUGCAGAAUGUUCGGAAAACUUUUCAUCUCGCUGUUUCUCCUCUUUAUUUUCCACAAUGACCCCGCUGACACACAGAAGAAAAAAGAGACUCUGAUGUCAGAGAAGGUGACUCAGAUGAUGGAGUGGACCUCCAAGCGCUCAGUGAUCAGGAUGAAUGGAGAUAAGUUUCGUCGCUUUGUGAAGGCUCCUCCCAGGAACUACUCCGUGGUCAUCAUGUUUACGGCGCUGCAGCCACAGAGACAGUGUGGGGUCUGCAAACAAGCUGAUGAGGAGUUCCAGGUGCUGGCUAACUCCUGGCGUUAUUCCUCUGCCUUCACUAACAAAGUCUUCUUUGCAACUGUUGAUUUUGAUGAAGGAUCAGACGUCUUUCAGAUGCUUAGCAUGAAUUCUGCUCCGACAUUCCUCCACUUCCCAGCCAAAGGGAAACCUCGCAAGACUGACACCUAUGAGCUGCAGGUCAGAGGCUUUGCAGCAGAGCAGCUGGCUAGAUGGGUGGCAGACAGGACUGAUGUACAGAUCCGUAUCAUUCGUCCUCCCAACUACGCAGGGCCUCUUCUGCUGGGCUUCCUCUUGGCUGUGAUUGGAGGCCUGGCAUAUUUGCGAAGACACAAUCUGGAGUUUUUGUUCAACAAGAACGUCUGGGCGUUCUCUGCACUGUGCUUUGUCCUUAUCAUGACCUCAGGCCAGAUGUGGAACCACAUUAGAGGACCACCGUAUGCACACAAGAAUCCCAGCACCGGUCAAGUGAGCUACAUCCACGGCAGCAGUCAGGCCCAGUUUGUGGCUGAGACGCACAUCGUCCUCCUCUUCAAUGCUGCUGUUACCAUGGGAAUGGUGCUGUUGUGUGAGGCCGCUACCUCUGAUCUUGACAUUGGAAAGAGGAAGAUAAUGUGUGUAGCAGGUAUUGGUCUGGUGAUGCUGUUCUUUAGCUGGCUCCUGUCCGUCUUCAGAGCAAAGUACCAUGGAUACCCAUACAGCUUCCUGAUGAGUUAAUGCAAACUGGCACCCUCCAACAAAAAGUAUGAACAGGAAACUCCUCAAACUGCUGUCAACCAGCAGGGUGCUGCCCACGGCAACGCUACUUUUCCCUUUGCUUUGUCUUCUAAUCUGUUGUGCCAAAUGUGUGCGUGCACACACACACACACACACAUUGUGCCUUCCUUUACAAAGACUCAACCUUUGCCAUCACCAGUGUGCAUUCUAACCUGCCCUACGCCAAAAGGUGUUUUCUAAGUUCAAACUGGAAUAGUUUUCUAGUGCAACUGCUACUGGACAUACAUUUCUGUAACCUUCUGUUUUGAACCGGCCAUGUGCUCUGUUCUGAUGUUUGUGUGUGGCUGAAACGACAUAUGAUAUUUAAGUGGAAGCAGUUAUUUCAUCCAGGGUUUCAUUGUGGUAACAUCUUAUACGGGUCCUGUAAUAUCCUAUCUAAGUUUGGGGGAAAAGAACAACACCGGUUGUUCCAGGAGAGAAUGUUUGAUGUGAGAUGAUAUUUGUAAUAUUAAAGUGCCUUAACUUCCUCA